AUGUCAGAGCCUACUGCCCCGAGAAACAAAUUCCAGAUUUUGAUAGUUGGUGCUGGAGUAGCUGGACUAUCCACUGCGUACGCCUUGAAACGAAGUCAGAGUUACGAAUCUGGUUUGGUCGAUUAUAGGAUAAUCGAAAAGAGGAAAGAGCCAGGAGUGGAUUUGGGAUAUCCAAUACAUCUAUCAUCUGCAGGAUUAAACGCACUUUUAACUCUAUUGCUCCCUUCUGAUCUGGUCAAACUUGAUACAGCCAAAAGGAAAAUCCCAGUAUAUCAUGAUGGUAUAACAGUGUCCAAUAAUAAAGGAGAAACUGUUUAUCGACUCAUUCGAGAUUCUGGUGUGAGGCCCAUGAUCCAGCGAGAAGACCUCAUGAAGAUAUUUCGUGAUGAGCUAGGAAAUAAGGUGGAAUAUGGGAAAGAGGUGAAAGGAUUGAAAGACGUCGAUAAUGGUAUCGAAGUAACACUGAAUGGUGAAGAGAAGAAUAAAUUUGAUCUCGUUAUUGGUGCCGACGGAAUGUUCUCUUCUAUUCGACAAUUGUCCUCCUCCAAAGCUAAAGUAGGUAAAUCACCUUGGACAGUGAUAAAUUCAAUCACUUCAAGUGAAUCAAUAUUGAAAUGGGUCAAAGAUCCAAUUAGUAUAAAUACGAUUUAUGGAGAUUCUUUUUCUGCCACUUUGAUUCCUUUAAGCUCUCACUCGUCUAAUUCAGUCAAUCCAUCUGCGCCAAGCCACGUCACCCAGAGUCAUAUGCUCCAUAGUACUAGUGGAUCUUCUUCCCACUGUCGCUCGGAGCCAGACACUACAGCUCAACCAUGCGAACCUAAUCCCGUCUGUCGUGGCCCAGACUCAGUCUAUGUGGCAUUGACCAUCCCUUCAUCAUGGCUCGAGCCUUCGUUCGCACAUCACAUGGCGGCAUGCACCUGUGAACCCACUAUGGGCAGUAGCUUCGUAAGGGAUCUUGAAAAUUCAGAUGGAUGGUCAAAUCGAAAAGGGUUCACGUUAUACGCUUUGCCAAAGACAGUCUGUGGGAAUGGAAGGACGAUUUUGAUAGGUGAUGCAAGUCAUGGUACUGUCCCUUUUUGUGGAAGUGGUGCGAGUUCAGCUAUUGUUGAUUCGUUGGAGCUGGUUAAUGUUAUGAAUGACUUAGUAGUAUCUAGCCAAGCUAACUCUGAAAUCUCAUUUCCUGACGACAUUGCAUCUCUCCACUUGAAUUUGGUAACAGAAACCAAAGAAAGGGAUCUAUUCCAUGCCAUUGAGCAAUUCCGGAAAUCGUCUAUCGAAAGGAACGAUCCAUUAAUCAAAGAAUCCAAAGAGUUAUUGUGGUUAGCUCAAGGUGAAACUGCUAUGUCAUAUUUGGUUCGAGGAGUGGUAUUUUGGAGUUUAGAACUCGGCGAGAAAGUCAGCGGGAGAAGGAGGAAAUUGGAACGAGAGUUGAGGAAAGUUAUCGACAACGAGGACGAUGGUUAUGUACAUGGGUCAGUGCAAGGGGCCUGA